AUGCUUGUGCUCAAAUUUAAUGAUAUAAUCACAAAUCAAGUUUAACAAUAAUAACAAUAAUACUAAUACUUCAAGAUUAUCUUAUCUCGUUACUCUAAUUAGCAUUUCUAGAUUAAGAAAGCAUACACAAAAUUCUCAGGACGAUGGUCUAAAGGAAGUGAUUUAGAAAGAUAAAUAGAUUAUGUUUAAGAGAAUUUGGAUGUCAAUUUAGUUGCUAAAUUAGUAAAUGCAUUCAAUGGUAUUGAAAUCAUAAUAAAUACACCUUAAGAACUAUAUGAAAUGUAUUAAAUAUUGCAUUUCUUUCAGAUUCAAGAAUUUUAAAGUUAAAUAGAAAAGUUUCUUAUACAAGACAAAUCUAAUAUUUUAAUAGGAUACUAAUUAUCUGAAUUAUAUGAAAUAGAAUCAUUAUCUAACUUUUAUUUUGAAUAUUUCAAAGAAUAUGGAUUCUUGGGUAUUUUUAAUAAAAAACUUGAUACAGAAAAAGCAAGAAAACUAAUAUACAAAAAUAAAAAUAAAUUAGUUCCAUAUCAUUAUUUAUAUUUAUAAGCUAAUUUAUUUAAGAAAUUAUUGAUUUUGCAUAAUAAUUUAGCCAUCAUAAAGUUUGAUAAAAACAAAUUUUUAGAUUAAUUUUAGAUUGCUUUAUUAAUAAGUGAAUAUUGUUUAACUAAUGGAUAUGAUAGAAUUAAAUUAUAAGAAAUCUUCUCUGAUGCAGUUAUUAAGGAAUAAGUAACUAAUGAAUAGAAAUAAAUUAUUUUGAUAGAGUUUGAAAAAUAAUAUAAAAAAAAUCAAAUGAGAACUGUUUCAAGUAUUUCUUAAUCAGAAGAAGAUGAUUCAUCUGAUACUACAAUAGAAGUAAAACAUAAAAAUUCAGAAGUUACAAUAUCACAAAUUCCUAUUAUAGAACCUAUAGAAAUAUUUAGAGGUAAAGAAUUAGAUAUUAAAUUACUUAUUGGAUUAAAGAAUUUAUAAUUUAUGUUUAAGACUAAGUAUACUUCAUUUGGAUUUUAUGUUUCAAAAAAGAUAGAAUUAAAUACAUAAAUAUAAGAUGAAUAAUUAUAAUUAGUUAAUUAAAUUACUAAAGUUUAACUUAAUACAAGUUUAAGAAUUAAUUGGAUUAGAUUUGAUGAAAAUGGAUUAAAUGUAAAUAAUAGACUAAUAAUCGUCAGAUCAAAAGGAAUAUGUAGAUAUGA